CGCCGCUUGCUUCAGCUUCAAAAGGGCUCCCCCCCUUUCUCCCAUUUCCUCCAUAUUCCAUGUGAUUUUUAGAGAGAGAAAGCGAAGUAGAGAGAGAGAGAGAGAGUUAGAGAGAGAAGUAAGAGAAGAUUUCUUGAGAAGUUUCAGCGAUGGCAUCAAGACACGUUAUUCAACAUCAAAACGGAGGAGAGGUUGCCCCUGUGGCUAACAACAAGCAGAAGAACAUGGCGGCGGAAAGGAAAACUCGACGCGCACUCGGCGACAUCGGAAAUCUUGUCACUCUCCGAGGUCCCGAUGGAAAACCGCUUCCUCAAGUUUCUCGACCCGUUACGAGGGGUUUCUGUGCUCAAUUACUGGCUAAUGCACAGGCUGCAGCUGCCGAAAACAACAAGAUUGGUACAAAAGGAGCCAUUGCUGUCGACGGAGCUCUGCCGGAGAGGAAGGCUGCCGCCCCGAAGCCGCCUCAGAAGAAAGCUUCGAUCAAACCUAAGCCGGAGGAAAUAAUCGAGAUUAGCCCCGACACCGUUGAAGUUGCAGAGAAAGAGAAGCCUCUCGAAAAAUCGGCGAAAAAGAAAGCUCCAACUCUUACAUCAACUCUCACUGCAAGAAGCAAGGCUGCUUGUGGGCUGAGUGAUAUCAUUACACACAAGGAGAAGAUAAUCGAUAUCGAUGCGGCAGACGUGGACAACGACUUGGCAGUUGUCGAAUACAUCGAAGAUAUGUACAAGUUCUACAAAUCAGCCGAGCACGAGGGCCGGGCCCACGACUACAUGGACUCGCAGCCGGAAAUAAACGAGAAAAUGCGAGCGAUUCUAAUCGAUUGGCUAGUCCAAGUUCACCAGAAAUUCGAGCUAUCUCCCGAGACUUUUUACUUAACCGUAAACAUAGUCGAUCGGUAUCUCGCUUCGAAGUCUACAUCAAGAAGGGAGCUCCAAUUGGUCGGGUUGAGCUCGAUGCUAAUCGCCUCCAAAUACGAGGAAAUUUGGGCGCCGGAGGUGCACGAGUUGGUCAACAUUUCCGACAAGACUUACUCGCACCGACAAAUCUUGGUUAUGGAAAAGAAUAUACUCGGAGAAUUGGAGUGGAACUUCACCGUUCCGACCCCGUACGUGUUUCUUGCACGUUUCAUCAAGGCGUCUCUAACCGAUUCGAAUGUCGAGAAUUUCGUGUAUUACUUGGCUGAGCUAGGUAUGAUGAACUACGAGACGCUAAUGUACAGCCCGUCGAAGAUUGCCGCCUCGGCAGUCUACGCCGCCAGGUGUACGCUGAACAAGGCCCCGUUUUGGAACGAGACGCUUAAAUUGCACACCGGUUUUUCCGAACCACAGCUUAUGGAUUGCGCGAAGCUGUUGGUUUCGUAUCAUUCGAGUGCGGCGGAACAUAAGCUAAGGGGGAUUUACAGAAAAUACAUUACUGCUGAGAAAGGGGGUGUUGCACUUUUAUCACCAGCCAAGUCUCUUUUGUCUGCUGCUGCUGCUAAUGAUUCUCUGAGCAGUUGAUUUUCUGAUGAUGUAAUAAAGAUUUGAUUUUUAGACAUCUUUCUCAGAUGAUCAUAGGUUAAUUUCAUGUUGCUAACAGAUGUUGUUUCUGGGAUUUUUUUAAUUUUGGAUUAAUUCUUUGUUCUUUGAAAACAACUAUUGAAAGUGAAAAAUUCUUGCCAAA